AUGGCUCGGCUAGAGUACUUGCGGCGACAUGGACAUGGACAUGGACAUCGGCUGCGGCUUCCCCUGGGGUUCAGCGCGCCUGCCGUUUCUGCCACUGCCACGGCCACCGCCGCCGCCGCAAUGGCAGGAGCAGCGACAAUGGCCGUGGCCGUGCCCCGUGCACCCCACGCAGCACGCACCUGCCGCCUGCCGUGGCCCUCUCUCCCUCCCCCUCCCCCUCCCAGAAAUAUUUCCGGCCAUGUGAAACGGGCCCGGAUUGCGCGCAUAUUGAGCCCCAAUUUACUGCGUCAAAACAUUUUCCCUGAGUCGGCGCAAGCCCUGGUAUAA